AUGUUCGAUACCACAUAUGUUCACCCACUCUUUCGCAAUUCCAUGGUGCUAUGGCACUACUAUCACUGGUACAUCAAGUUCAUCCUUUGGUUGUCGUCUGGAACCACAGCGGGAAUGGACCAGUGGAUCGGAAGGAUCAGUCCGGAACGCCAUCAUCCGUCCAAGAUAUUCUUUAACAAAUCUAUGAAAGUCUGUCCAUACAUCAGCCUUCCGUACCGUCCAGGUAUGCCAGGCCCACGCCUCUGGCUAUACGCCCUGCGAUCUGCCAUCGUGCAAACUCCGGUUCCAGACACCAAUGGGAGAAAAGUGGACUUGGCACCAUGGCCGAAGGAGAUAGGCCGGGAUGGGACUGUCCAUUUCUUCGAUAAUCAGCAGCCCGAGUUCAGCCGGUUGAAAGGAGAGAGAAUCAAACCAGAUAUCGUCAUUCUCUCUACUGGCUAUAAACAAGAUUUUCCGUUCCUUGAGCCUUCACGAACAAAACCUACCAGAGCUUACGGAACGGCAAACCAGGCCAAUGUCCGCGGUAUCUGGCGACGUGAUGAGCCAACCGUCGGAUUUAUUGGAUUUGUGAGACCAUCACUUGGCGCCAUCCCGCCCCUGGCAGAAAUGCAGGCUCAGCUUUGGAUUCUGAAUAUAUUAGCUCCAGAGAAGAUACCCCAUCCUCUGCGAGCUACCGAUGAAGAACACUACCGCUUAAAGCUUCCUCCAGAUUCUCGUAUAGAAUACGGUGUCGACCAUGAAAGCUAUGUAUAUCAGUUGGCUUUGGAUAUGAACUCAGCAAUAGGGCUCUGGGACGUCUUGGCCAUUGCGCAGAAAAAACACGUUCGUGAUGGGUGGCGUCUGCUUGUUGUCUGGGCUUUUGGCGCACACUUCAACACUAAGUUUCGUCUCCUGGGACCCUGGCAGUGGAGUGGUGCUGCAGACAUGCUUACAUCGGAGGAGUUCUGGCAAACAAUCACGAGAAGGCCGUUGUUCUUCGGUAAGAGCGCCUGCUAG